ACCAUUUCUUCUCCUUUAAGACAAUAAAGAUACCCUCUUACAAGGGAGUCAAUCAGUUCUGAACUACAUUUCGUUCCCUUUCAAGUUCGACUGGCUGUACCAGAAAGUUCCUGAGUGGAGAGUUGCGACUACACUCGUCCAGGACUAUUGCGACUGGCAUGACCUCAGACUGAGCAGAAUCCAGUACAGUACUUCUGUUAAGGAGCUCACCAACCCUUUAAUUUCCACUAUAUUCCGCAGGUCUGGUUCAUACCAAGGAAAUCUGUGUCCAUCACGAUAUAAUGGCGGGGUGGUUCAGUUCGAGCUCGCCUUUGGACGAGCAGAUUGAGCGCGCAACGUCCUCCAGCUUAGAGGAUAUAGCGCUGAGUCUGGAAGUCUCGGACAUGAUACGUUCAAAAACUGUCCAGCCAAAGGAUGCCAUGAGGUCACUGAAGCGGCGAAUUGGAAACAAGAACCCCAAUGUUCAGCUUGCCGCACUCAAACUCACGGACACCUGCGUCAAAAAUGGAGGCUCGCAUUUCCUGGCCGAGAUCGCGUCCAGAGAAUUCAUGGACAACCUUGUCUCCCUGCUCAAAGCCUUCGGAGGCGCAGCAACAAAUGAAGACGUCAGAAAAAUGAUCCUUGAACUGAUCCAGUCCUGGGCUAUUGCAGCCGAGGGGCGAUCUAACCUAUCUUAUAUCGGCGAGAUCUAUCGUGGCCUACAACGUGAGGGCUUUCACUUUCCCCCGAAGGAAACUGUGGCAAGUAGUAUGCUUGAUAGCAGUGCUCCCCCGGAAUGGAUUGACUCGGAUGUCUGCAUGAGGUGUAGGACCCCAUUUAGUUUCACCAACAGAAAACAUCACUGUCGUAAUUGUGGCAAUGUCUUCUGUGGUUCAUGCUCCAGCAAAUCGAUUCCCUUGCCACAUUUAGGCAUAAUUCAGUCUGUUCGAGUCGAUGACGGCUGUUAUGCCAAACUCACAAGCAAAUCCCGCGCGACACCCGGUCUUGAACAAGCACCUAGUUGGCAACCUCCAGGUGCAAGAACUCGUGCGCCGAUGCAGCCUCGAGAUGCACGUGUUGAAGACAGUUUUGACGAAGAUCUCAAGCGCGCUCUGCAGAUGAGCUUAGAGGAGGCUAAAGGGCAUUCUGGUUCCGGUUACGUCCCCCAAUCGACAAUUCAGCCGCAGAAAAGCCCAGCUACUGCGAAUGGCACUUCAGCUGCGCAGCAAAGCAAGGAAGAAGAGGACGAUCCGGAAUUAAAAGCAGCGAUUGCCGCAUCUCUUCGGGAUAUGGAAGAACAGAAGAAAAAACAUUCGGCCAAUCUGAAGCAGCAAGCUUCCGCCAAUAGUGAUUCCGCGAAAUCUUUUCUGCCUCGAAAUGACUACGAGCUUACACCCGUGGAAGCUGAAAAUAUUCACCUGUUUGCAGCCCUCGUUGACCGCCUCCAGACUCAACCUCCUGGAACAAUCCUGCGUGAACCCCAGAUCCAAGAACUUUACGAGAGCAUUGGAUCCCUCCGCCCCAAGCUGGCCAGAACAUACGGUGAAGCUAUGAGCAAGCAUGAUGCUCUUCUUGACCUUCACGCCAAAUUAGCAACCGUUGUACGUUACUAUGAUCGGAUGCUGGAGGAGCGCCUUUCGAAUACCUAUAGUCAUCACACUCUUGGAGGAUAUGGAGCACCGCAACCACAACAACAGCGCGUAUCUUCCAAUAUCUAUCCAACUAUACCAGCGACCGCCCUGAACGGUUCAUCUGGUGCUGAGGGCUUCUAUUCUCCAGUCUCCUCGCCCAGUCUUUACGCGCGCCCACAAUCCACAUUUGGCGGAUAUUCGGCGCAGCAAACCCCGUACGCCGAUGUUGCGCCAGUGCCUGCCGCACCGCAAUCCCAGUUACCGCCUGGCGGCCAACAGCAACCGGGUUAUAGUGCCAUCCCUUCCCAAGCCCCACCCAUGUCUCAACCAUACCCUGGAUCUCCCCAUAUGCACCAAAGUGUACCUCCGUCUGAACAGCCACAAACCUACCCUUCUCUGUCUCAUGGUGCUGCGGCAGCACCACCAUCGGCACCAUCAGCACCAUAUGCGACGGCUCAACACUUACCUGAUCAGGCUCCUGGAGGCUUAGAAGCAGCCUCUUACUACCAUCAUAACGAUGCUAAUCAAGCAUAUGCCCCGCAACUUCCGUCAGAUGUUCCUCCAGCACCCCUUUCCCAUCAGCACACUGUCAGCGCUCCGCCCUAUCAAUCUCCUGAACAAAAUUAUCAACCCGUCCCUCCUCAGCAGCAGCCAGAGGCGAUACAGGAACAAAACUGGUGGCAACCACAUCAGCCACCUGCGAGCCAACCAUGGCCACAAGCACAGCAACAACAGCAACCUCUGCCGCUGCAGAGCUACAAUAAUACUGGUGGCUAUGGCCAGGAUGCCUUUCCUGCUGCGCCCCAGCAUCAACCGCAACCCAAAGCGGUAGAAGAGAGCCUGAUAGACCUAUAACGAGCUUUUCGGGAUGGCGUUGGACGCAAAAUGCACAUUUUUCUCCUUCUGAAACCUUGCGACUUGUACGAAAUCGUCUGGUUCUGAUCUCGAGUUGAUAGCGCAGAUUUUUGAGUUUCGAGCGCUUGUUACCCUCUGUGUC